GUCGGCGCAAACCAUCUCCGGACCAAUCCGCUCUCGAAGUCGCCCUCAACAACCUUGAUAAGUGUCUCGAUAAGUGUCGAGAACCCCCUCAGGGAGCACUCGAAGCCUACGAGACCUUCGCUCAACCACUCGUACAAGACUAUGGCCAACUGCUUGAGGCCUUCGGGCCCUCCUUUGCUCUCGCCAAGAGAGUCAAGAUCCAUCCCGCACUUCUACCCUCCAACGCCCUCCUCAAAUCCAAUUCGAGUCAUCAGCAAUACUGGUACCAAUGCUACUAG